UCUUCAUUUCUUCCCUCUCUCUCUCUCUCUCUAAGAGGUGAAAAACAAACUAGAGUCAAACUAGUCUAGAGAUUCUUGUUAAUUGUAACAACUUAUAAUUGGGAAUUGAAUAACUGUCAUAGCUCUAUGGAAACGGAUAUUCCGGUGGCCAAUUACACUUACAUGGGCAGGACUUUCACUCAACUCGCCCUCGGUGACCAUUCCUCUUCUGCUUUCAGCGACUGCAACAGCGACAGAUCUGGCGAGUUCUCCACCACUUCCUCACAAGCUCGCCGCCUCUUUAUUGCCUGCACCGCCGACAACUCCGACGACCUCAUCACCCACCUCGUCACCGAACUCCAAUCCUCUUCCAUCGAAGACCAAAAACAAGCUGCCAUGGAGAUCAGACUUCUCGCCAAGAACAAGCCCGAAAACCGCCUCAAGAUCGCCAAAGCUGGCGCCAUCAAACCUUUAAUCUCCCUCAUUUCAUCUCAGGACCUUCAGCUUCAGGAAUACGGCGUCACCGCCAUUCUCAACCUCUCCCUCUGCGAUGACAAUAAAGACGCCAUCGCUUCUUCCGGAGCGAUUAAGCCCCUUGUUCGUGCACUCAAGACGGGUACUCCAGCGGCCAAAGAGAACGCCGCCUGCGCUCUCCUUCGGCUCUCGCAGGUGGAAGAGAACAAGCCGGCGAUAGGGAAGUGCGGGGCGAUUCCGCCGCUGGUAAGCCUUCUAGAAAGCGGCGGUUUACGAGCCAAAAAGGAUGCGUCCACGGCGCUGUACUCGCUGUGCUCGUCAGUAAAGGAGAACAAGAUCAGGGCAGUCAAGGCGGGGAUCAUGAAAGUGCUGGUGGAGCUCAUGGCAGACUUCGGUGGGAAUAUGGUAGACAAGUCAGCUUAUGUGGCAAGCGUUUUGGUUUCGGUAAUGGAGGCAAGGGCAACUCUGGUGGAGGAAGGAGGGAUACCGGUGCUAGUGGAGAUGGUGGAGGUUGGGACGCAAAGGCAGAAGGAAAUCGCGGCGGUUAUUCUGUUACAGGUGUGCCAAGACUGCGUGAUUUACCGUACGAUGGUGGCGCGCGAAGGUGCGAUUCCUCCUCUGGUUGCUCUGUCGCAGAACGGCACCAACCGCGCCAAGCAAAAGGCGGAGACACUGAUAGAACUUCUACGGCAACCAAGAUCCGGCAACGGCGCUGCUCCUCCUACAUCAUAAUAUUCCACCACCAAUCAUCCGACACAAGAGGGGAAUUAUGUAUGGGGUUCAAUUAUUCAACUAAUGCCCAUCCCUUCCCUCCGAUCCACAAACACAAACACCAUGUAUAAUUGUAAAUAUCAUUGUAAUGGAGACAAACUUUGUAAAUUUUCCAUAUAUAUCAUCCCAUAUUCCCAUCUUGUUAGUCGCUA